UUUUUGAAAACGUUGGCGGUUGAGUCCAAGCGUACACAUAUACUGACUUCUCCGUGCAAUAGUUGGGUCGUGGCAAAAUGCAGAACAAAGAAAAUUAUGAGCCCAGAGGUUUUCAAAGACCAAUGGCAACACCAAACAUGGGAGGUCCUCAGCGUGUUCCAAUUGUGAAACCAAGAGCAGAUGCCUCCUCGUCCAGUUCUGUCGCAAGAAAAAUUACGAUUGAUGACUUUGAUAUUGGUCGGCCACUGGGAAAAGGCAAAUUUGGAAAUGUUUACUUAGCUCGAGUCAAGAAGCUACAGGCCAUAGUGGCACUAAAGGUGCUCUUCAAGUCACAAAUGGAGAAAGAGGGUGUGGAGCAUCAACUAAGGAGAGAGAUUGAGAUUCAAGCCCAUCUCAAACACCCCAAUAUUCUGCGCUUCUACAACUAUUUUCAUGACCGCAAAAGGGUGUUUUUGGUCCUUGAGUAUGCACCACGUGGUGAGAUGUAUAAAGAGUUACAAAGAUGUGGAAGAUUUGAUGACCAGCGCUCUGCCACUUACAUGGAGGAAAUUUCUGAUGCACUCAUGUACUGUCACGAGAAAAAAGUGAUUCAUCGUGACAUCAAGCCAGAGAAUCUACUUCUAGGUUAUCGUGGAGAGCUAAAAAUUGCAGACUUUGGCUGGUCUGUUCAUGCCCCAUCACUCAGGCGUCGUACAAUGUGUGGUACCCUGGACUACCUUCCCCCAGAGAUGAUUGAGGGUCACACUCACAGUGAAAAGGUUGACUUGUGGUGCAUUGGAGUACUCUGUUAUGAGUGCUUGGUUGGCAACCCACCCUUUGAAACAGCAAGCCACUCUGAAACAUACAAAAGAAUCAUGAAGGUGGAUUUGAAGUUUCCAAGAAUUGUCUCAGAAGGUGCUAAGGACUUGAUUUCAAAACUGCUUCGUCACAACCCCACUGACCGUCUUUCACUACAGAGUGUUAUUGAUCAUCCUUGGGUCAAAGCAAACUCACGGCGAUGUUUGCCUCCGAUCUGCCCAACCAAAAGUUCUGAGACUAACUGAUUUACAACCAAACUCUUAUUUUGUACCUGUGCAACUUCUCACAAUGGACUAGUCAGUAUGCACUGUACUGACUUGGGCCCCA